AUGUUGCUGUUUUUAAUGACAUCUUUUCAAGACAGUACCCCACAACAUUUAUUUUAUAAGUUUUUUCACGAUGAUGAACCUUCGGACAGCCAAGAAGUAGAAGACUCGCAACAGAAAGCUGAGGCGCCACCACUAGAUCCAGUAGAAUAUCGGAAAGCCAGGAAGAGAAAACUCCAACGUGUUGUUGAACGUCUGCAUUCCAUGUACCUGUUUUAUGCUGCUACCAAUGCGAAAACCACAGAAGCCGAGAUGCAACUGUUAAAUAGCGAUGCUAUAGUUCCAGAAUUUGAAACAGGACAUUUUAGGUUAAUCAAGGGUGAUCCGUUUCCCCAGGAUAUGCGCGUGAUAUGGAUAUCUGUAAAUGGCGUUGGGGUAGCCUUCGUUUGUUAUGAUUAUGACAACAGAGUUCAGGGAGAAAUAACCCUGCGUGUCUUAGUACGAAAGCUUCACGAAUGUCGUUUUAUUUUACAACCAAGUGAAAUUUUUAACAGGCCUGAGAAAAUUGAUAUUCUGUUAAACAAAUUUGUGCCUUGUGGGCAUACAUUGUUUAUGAAUCAUCGAGUGAUCAAACAACUGGAGAAAGAGUGUGAUGUACUUUUCAAGGCUAUUGGAAAUUAG